GUAGAACAUUUUGUAACCAAAAUUGUAUAAAAAGAGCUGUUGGGCAAAAGAAAGCCAUAGUAUUUAGCAAAAUGAAAUUGUUAUUGAUUUUGGCAGUUGGCUGUUUAGCGGUAUCCGCUUCCAUUUUUAACGAGGAUGAAUCACGUAUUCAUGGGGAGAAUGGCUGGUAUGUACCCCAAGAAGAUGGCUCCUUCCAAUGGGUGGAUAUGAAAGAAGCUGAGUCUUAUUUGGAAUCCAUGGAAAAUAUUCAAAGUUUUGGCUUGUCUACCACACCCGUUAAAUUCUACUUGUAUACCAAAUCGAAUCCCACUAAGGGCAAAAAGAUUACCGCCACUACUAAGUCCAUUGAUGCCUCCAACUUUAACCCUGCCCAUCCCACCAGAUUUGUUAUACACGGUUGGACCCAAAGUCAUCUCGCUGGCAUGAACAAGGAAAUUCGCAAUGCCUGGUUGAGUGUGGGUGAAUACAACGUUAUCAUUGUCGACUGGGCUCGUGCUCGUUCUGUGGAUUAUGCCACCUCCGUUUUGGCUGUACCUACAGUUGGCAAAAAGGUGGCCAAUAUGAUUGAUUAUUUGGUGAAAAACCACGGCAUGUCUUUGGAUACUUUAUAUGUGAUUGGUCACAGUUUGGGUGCUCAUGUAGCUGGUUAUUCGGGCAAGAAUGUUAAGACUGGUCAAAUUCACACUAUUGUUGGUUUGGAUCCUGCUUUGCCUUUGUUCAGCUAUGACAAGCCUAAGAAACGUUUGUCCACCACUGAUGCUUUCUAUGUUGAAACCAUUCAAACUAAUGGUGGUGAAUUGGGUUUCUUGAAACCCAUUGGCAAAGGUGCCUUCUAUCCCAAUGGUGGCAAGACUCAACCUGGUUGUCCUUUGGAUAUUGUUGGUGCUUGUUCUCAUGGCCGUUCUUGCACAUAUUAUGCCGAAGCUGUGGCUCAGGAUAAUUUCGCCACCGUCAAGUGUCAAAAUUACAAGGAUGCUGUUGCCAAUGACUGUGGUGCCACCUACAGCUCUGUGCGCAUGGGUGCUGACAAAAAUUCCUUCAUGGUUACUGGUGAUUUUUAUGUACCAGUGAACAGGAAGGCUCCUUUUGGUGUAUUGGUUUAAUUUAUGAAACACUCU